AUGCCACUGGGCCUCUUCCCCUUCUCCUUUUCCUCUCCCUCCAGUCCCUUUUGGUUCCUCACCUCCCUCGAGAUGCUUCAAGUGCCAGUGCGAGAACAUACCAACGUGGCUUCCACCAAGGCCGUCAUCCUUGUCGGAGGUCCCUCCAGAGGAACUCGCUUUCGCCCUCUGUCCCUCGAUGUGCCCAAGCCUCUAUUCGAAGUCGCCGGUCAUCCCAUCAUCCACCACGGCCUCAAGGCACUGGCGAAGAUCCCCGAUAUUCGAGAAGUGAUCCUGGUCGGCUACUACGACGAGAGCGUCUUCCGCGACUUCAUUAAGGACUCAUCCAAGGAAUUCCCACAAUUCCGCAUCCAGUACCUGCGUGAAUACACCUCCUUGGGCACCGCAGGGGGUCUAUACCAUUUCCGCGAUGCCAUUCUCAAGGGCAAGCCGGAGCGCAUCUUCGUGCUCAACGCCGACGUCUGCUGCUCCUUCCCACUGGGGGAAAUGCUGAAGCUAUUCGAAGAGAAGGACGCCGAGGCCGUCAUCCUAGGCACGCGCGUGCACAACGACGCCGCCACCAAUUUCGGCUGCAUCGUGUCCGACUCCCACACCAAGCGCGUCCUGCACUACGUCGAGAAACCCGAGUCGCACAUCUCCAACCUCAUCAACUGCGGCGUCUACCUGUUCGCCACCGAGUGCAUCUUUCCCUCCAUCCGCAGCGCCAUCAAGCGUCGCACCACCCGCCCGCGGCUCGUCUCCUAUCCGUCCUCUGAGAACCUAGAGUCUUUCGUCGCCCCCACCGACGAUGACUCCGAAAGAAACGAGGCGCUACGCCUCGAACAGGACAUCCUGUCAGACCUGGCCGACAGUAACCGAUUCUUCGUACACGAGACCAAGGACUUCUGGCGCCAGAUCAAAACCGCCGGGUCCGCGGUGCCCGCCAACGCCCUGUACCUACAAAAGGCGUUCCAGGCGCAGUCGGACGAACUCACUCCUCCCUCCGCCACCAUCGUACCCCCCGUGUACAUCCACCCCUCAGCUAGCGUGGACCCCACCGCCAAGCUGGGCCCCAACGUCUCCAUCGGACCGCGUGUGGUCGUGGGCGCCGGCGCUCGCGUCAAGGACUCCAUCGUUUUGGAAGACACUGAGAUCAAGCACGACGCCUGUGUCAUGCAUUCCAUAAUCGGCUGGAGUAGUCGUGUGGGCGCCUGGGCCCGCGUCGAAGGUACCCCGAUCCCGGCCAACAGCCACUCGACCAGCAUCGUCAAACACGGCAUCAAGGUGCAGAGCAUCACCAUCCUAGGCAAGGAGUGUAGCGUUGGCGACGAGGUGCGUAUUCAAAACUGUGUGUGUCUGCCAUUUAAGGAACUCAAGAGAGAUGUUGCCAAUGAGGUGAUCAUGUAG